AUGGAUUCUAAUCAUUCCAAAUUCUUUGGAGAAGUUGAAGAAUGUAACAGCAGUGAAUCAGGCUGGACAAUGUACAUUGGUUCUCCUUCGACUGGUGAUUGUGAGCUAGACAUUGGAGAUUAUUUUGAUGAUGAAUUAGAAGACAAUAAUUAUAACAAAGAAGGCCGCGUUAAUCAAGACGAUGAUGAGGAUGGUGAUGAUACUGAUGAUUCAAUGGCCUCUGAUGCAUCUUCAGGUCCAGUUAGUCAAUUUUCAAGAAAUGGGAAGAGUGGUGUUGUAGGUAUGGUUAAUUUCAAGAAUCAAAAGGAAAAAGGUAAGGAAAAAGAUUGCAGUUUUACUAACAAAAAAGCUAAUAGUUCAAUGAAGAAUGGUUACAAGAAUGAUCAAGACAAGGUAAAAGAGUGUUUCUACGCUUCAAAAGGAACUAAAGGUGCUUCCAAUGGUGGUGGUAAUAAGGUUAGGAAAAGUAUUUGGAUGGGCAAAGGGAAGUAG